UUUUGUAGUGUACUGUUUACUCGUUGCAUCCCUCCAUUCCAUUCACCGCUUCCUCUUUGCUCCUCUCUCUUGAUAUUAAGUUGGUUUCUUGGAUCAAACAUUUCUGUCUGUCCUCCCUCUCUGUCAUGGCAACUAGACUUCAGUUUGAGAAUUCUUGUGAAGUUGGAGUCUUCUCAAAACUUACCAAUGCCUAUUGUUUGGUUGCCAUUGGAGGUUCUGAAAAUUUCUACAGUGCAUUUGAGGCUGAGUUAUCAGAUGUUAUCCCUGUGAUUAAAACUUCCAUUGGUGGUACUCGUAUUGUUGGUCGCCUUUGUAUUGGAAAUAAGAAUGGGCUUCUAUUGCCCCAUACCACCACAGACCAAGAACUUCAACAUUUGAAAAACAGUCUACCUGAUCGAGUUUGUGUUCAGCGCAUAGAAGAAAGAUUAUCUGCUCUGGGAAAUUGUAUUGCAUGUAAUGACCAUGUGGCCCUCACGCACACCGAUCUCGACAAGGAAACUGAGGAGGUGGUUGCAGAUGUUCUUGGAGUAGAAGUAUUUAGGCAGACAGUUGCUGGUAAUAUUCUUGUGGGAAGUUACUGUGCUUUUUCGAACAAAGGUGGUUUGGUUCACCCUCAUACUUCCAUUGAAGACUUGGAUGAACUAUCUACACUUCUUCAAGUUCCUUUGGUUGCCGGAACUGUGAACCGUGGUAGCGAAGUAAUAGCAGCUGGCAUGACAGUAAAUGAUUGGACAGCAUUUUGUGGUUCAGACACUACAGCAACAGAACUCUCAGUGAUUGAGAGUGUUUUCAAGCUGAGGGAAGCCAAGCCUAGUGCCACUGUGGAUGAGAUGAGGAAAUCUCUCUUUGAUGGCUAUAACUGAGUUUCUCUAAAAGUUUUCACUUUUCAUACUAAGUUAUACUGCUUGUAAAGUUCUUUUUACUUUGAUGAUAGUUUUUUUUUUCUUUCCCAAUAAACCGUUGCUGUCUUUUCAAAUAUGAUCAUAGUUUAAUCAAGAUUUGUGGUUUUCACUAA